AUGGCUUUGGGCUGUUUCACCCACUUCGCUUCAUGGCUUCAGAUUCACAGCUCCUCCGCCCCAUCUCCUGUGUUCCAGCUGCGUUACGCUUGCGCCAUGGGCAAGUCACGCAAGUCCAGCUCGAAAUGGGGAGUGAAGUCCUUGGAUGUCGAGUCACUAGCAGAUGGCUUGUCGCUGGCAGACAGUCGACUGGAAGCUCCCAAGUUGAUGGAGACCGGAUGGAAGGCCGGACAGGUCUUUACCUCGGAAGAUGAUCCAGAUCGAACGGAGUUGCCAUGGGAACCUCCCAGGUUUUUGACCAAAGAUCCCGAAGCUCAACGGCAGAAGACCCACUGGGAGCCUCUGUCGAUUGCAGGACAAGGGCGACUCGCAGGUGUGGUGACGGGUGUGUUGGAUGAAGAUGACUGUGCCGAGCUCAUCAGCUGCAUCAAUCGGAAAGGCUUCACCCCUGCGCUGCUGAACAUCGGUGGUGGAAGACAAACUCUGGACCCCGUGGCACGGGAUGGACAUCGAGCGAUUGUGGAUAGUCCCGAUCUCAGUGGUUGGCUCUUGGAAGUCUUGAGGCCUUACCUCCCGGAGACCUUCCAAAGAGGUCGCCUGGUGGACCUUAACGAGCGCUGUCGUGUGCUGUGCUACACCCCAGGCCAGGAGUUUCCAGCCCACUAUGAUGGCACCUUUCGACGUCCGAGACCGGAUCCAAGGGCAGGAGAUCGAUCGAUGGUAACCGUGCAGGUGUAUCUUCAUGAUGUACCUGAAGCGAACGGAGGAGGUACCACCUUCAUGAAAGAUUCAGGUGAGGAAGUCUGCCGUUGCCAGCCCAAAGCCGGAAGUGUCUUGAUCUUUUCGCAAAACUUGCUUCAUGAAGGAUCGCUACUGUAUGCGGACCUCCGCUUCGUCACGAACGAGCUGCGCACGCACCGUCAGGACUACUUUCAACCUGACUUGGACCAGCUCGAGAUUGAGAUUUCGGCACGGCACUCCUUCAAGGCUUUCUUGGCACACCCGAACGGCCCGGAGGUCCUCGAGGGGUUCCCAAACGCCUACGACCUUGCCUUAAAGAAUGUGCAGCACUUACGGGUGCAUCUCAAGGAUUUCCUACAGAGCUUCCUGGCCGAAAUGCUUCCCGUGAAGCGGGAUGUUCGCGCCUUCGUCAGACACUUUGGCAUGGAGGUGGGCCCCAACAAGACCAGCGCCAACCUGGCCGAACUGAUGCGAAACCUCCUGGAGUUCACGGACCAAGUCCAGAAGCACUGGCAGGAGCUGCACGGCGACCGGAGGAAGCCGACCAAGUCUCCGAGAACUUCACGCUCAGCGGGGGCCUCGCGCAGACUCUCCCGGACCCUUGCACGCUCCUCCACCGAGGACACCAUCCUCGAGGAGUGA